GGAAGCUUUGGUAGCGGUUGGGGGACGUUGGGCGCUCUGUGGUCCCGCUCGUGCCCAGUGGAACCGGCCCGGCCCGGUUUGCUCAGCAGCACACGGCGCAGCUCUGAUGAAAGCCACGCCGGCCACGGAACAUCAGUGUCACAGUUCAGGGGCUCAGUGGCCACAGGAGUGCCUGAAGACCCCGGGAGCCCCGUCCGGGACUGAGCGCACACUGCAGCGCUGCUGUGUGCAUCCCCUGCGCCAGUCAUUCCCUGUGUCUCCAGUGCUGCCGUAAACUUAAACCUCCUGCAGCACGUGAAGCCUGGUGAAACACUGUGAUGGCAGCUCCGAUGACCGAUGCUCAUCGACGGUUCUUGCAGAUUCUGAUGUCUAAUGGGAUAACAGAAGGAUCAGAGGCCAGGAAAUUACAUCAGCACUGCUGUGAAAUUGAUAAAGUUUACUACGCACACGAUAAACUGGACGAUUUCAUCAGCACCAUUAACAGCCACCUGCAGCCUUUGUUUAUGCAGAUCCGGAAGGGCUUCUCGGAGGACGAUGGCAGAGCACAUUAUGUUGUGGUGAAUUUGGUGGAAACUGAAGUAACUAGAAUGGCAUCUGACUAUACAGAACUUGAAUUAGAAUUGUUCAGAAGAAUAAUGGACCUAAUAAUUUUAUCAGAAAAUGGCUUUGCCUCAUCUACAGAUAUUUUAAAUUUGGCUGACCAACUUAAGACAAAGAAAAUGAAGAAAAAGGAAGCAGAACAAGUGCUGAAAGUUUUUGUGGAGGAUAAGUGGCUCUCUGAGAAAAAUGGAGAAUAUACCCUGCAUACCCGUUGCAUCGUUGAUAUGGAACAGUACAUUCUCAGCCACUACCAGGAUGUGGCAAGGAAAUGUUACAUCUGUCACAGCCUCGCCAUCCAGAGCCAAGUAUGUGAAUCCUGUGGAAUUGCAAUGCAUUUACCUUGUGUCAGAAAGUACUUCAGAGGCCAGACUGAACCCCGCUGUCCCAAGUGUAAUGAAUUCUGGUCUUGUGACACCCCAGGUGUCAGUCGGAUGGGCUCCUAGACUCAGCACAGAGCUCCACUCUUGGCCCUGGAUGAUGCCAGUAAAACUUGUCAGUGGCAUCUG